AGUAAAUUCGUCAGGUUAAGUUAGCGGCCGUACCUUAACCUAUAAAACCUGUAAAACAUGCUUUCUAAUCGAUCACGGCACCGUUGAGUAAAUAACGUAUCACGAUUCGAAUACACGCGAUUGUCAUGAAUUAAAAAGUUUCUUAAGUCAAAUUUGAGAAAAUAUAUCGUUCAAAUAUAUACAUAUAUAUAUAUCGAAGUAAUAUUUUUUUAAUAAUGAGAUUCAGUAAUAGAAGUUGGCUCAAGACGUCGUACAUUUUAAAGAGGAAUGAGUUUCAGAAGAUUCUCAUGACGAACCUGGGCUUGACUUCCACCGACGCGGACAAAUUUCUCGAUACGAAGAAAAGUAUCCUCAAUCUACCUCGUUAUCGAAUGAUGAAAAAUUGUCUGAUAUGCCAGAUUCUUUGUAAUGCCCCAGCAAGGCCGAACGACACCCGCUACUGCCUAAAAAAAUGCCUAAAGUAUAAUGUCAAAGUGGAGUCCCUGGAAAAGCUUCAAUAUUGUCUGAAAUUGCUCGACUACACGUUGGAGCAUAGAAUUAAUGUGCUCAAAGACAUAGGAGUGCCGGUUAUAAAUGUGUCCCUAGUGAACAACACAAUCUAUCAUUUGCAUAAAAAGGUGUCCAAGUUCAAGGAGGCUGCUAAUAUACCAGCCAACCAAGACAUUGCUGAGCACAUAUUCGACGGCAGGGUUCCUGAGGAUAUUUCCCAGUUAGAAUUGAGUGAUAAUUUGACAGUCCUGGAAUACUAUCAGAGGUGUCUGCUGUACUACAAAACUCGGGUAUUCGGUCUGCCAUAUUUGGACGAUAAAAUAUUAUUGAGCAGAUAUAUGAAAAUAAAGAGUAUAAGCAUGAUUGCGGACACGCUGAAAGUACUCAGGGUUGAUCUCCAGUACGACGACAAAAUGAUAAAGAAAAAUCCUUCGGUCGUCAUCGCUUCCGCCGAUAACAUCAGGUCGCUGUUAAGUAGUUUUACAGACAUCUUAGACAUACCGAUUGUAACGUUACUGAGGAAGCACCCUCACAUACUCUUUCAAGACGUGCACAAUAUUAAACAGCUACUGAUGUUGUUCAAACAAUACGAAAUCCCGGAGAAAUACGUGAAGAGAUAUAUGAAGGUUUUCACGACAAGUAACGAAGCCUUCCACGAGCGAAUGGAGAUGAUGAAACGCCACCCGAAUCUGAACAUGUGGUACAAGCAUCCGCGAUUCUUGCAAAUUGUAUGCCAAAUAAAGAAGACGAAGCAACGUCUGGAAUACAUUGACAUCAUGGAUUCUUCCAAGUGGGCCAAUCCAAACACUUUCCUGUCUUCAGCGGCAGCAAUAGACAAAUCUCUACAAACCGGCCUAGUUUCAUCCAAACGUAAUUUAAGGUAUAUAUUAAUGAAGGAACUGGGGGUGGACGCGAGCGAUUUGCUAAUGAGACAUCAACAUUGGAAGACGGUUGCGUUUGUUGAUAUCAUGCAGAUGUUGAAAUACCUAAAGAAACAUUUUACGAUAAAUGAGAUACGCCCGAAUAUACACAUCGUACUCUAUGAACAAUCCAGAGUGAAAAAAGUACUGGCUGACCUGAAACGACAGUACUCUCAGAGUGCAGAGUACUCGUUUACUGAUAGCCAGUAUCUCGCGUUAUGCCUGUACGUGCUGGAGAAAGGUAAUCAUUUUACAGGCGACGGCGUUUGGAGCAACGAACAGAGCUCGAAGCCACAGUCUUUCGAAGAACAAAAUGCUGUAGAGAGGUUUGGCGAUAAUACUGUGGAAAUUAACACUAAGGAUUUGAAUAGAAGAUAACGAUGGUAUUGAUCACAAUGAUAUAGACGUGUAAUAUAAACGUUGAAACAACAAUAUACAUAAUGUACAUAAACGUUUUUUUUUACUUGUAUAGAAUAUCUUACAAUUCAUGUUACAGAAAACACAGGCUGUAUAUUCAUAAUGUACGUAAUGUAUAUAAAAGUGGCAUGGAGAAAAUACAGUGAUAUGUUCCAAACGAGGCUACGAAACGGAAGAAUACUUAUAA